CUUCUGAUCCCAUCUCCUCCAUCACCAUUCAGCUUUCAGUGAGGGCGACUCCUCCCAUCAUGUCUUCCUCUGGCAAGUCGAUGCGUCUCCACUUCAAGGGCGACAAGCCCGAGAAGAAGAGGAAGAAGAGCCGCUCUGACAAGGACGGCGGUGGUGCAUCAACGAGCAAGGGAAAGAAGAGGGAGGAGGAUGGGGUGUCGGAUGUGGACGAGGUGGGAGGGGACGAGCAAGCUUGGGUACCAGCUCGUCAUCCUACGGAUCUCUCAGGCCCAAUUGUCAUCUAUCAAGAAUACUCUCCCUCCUCUUCCUCCGCAAGCGACCCAAGCUCCUCGAAGAAGUUCCACGCAAUUACCCUCAACCCCACUUUGCAGAAAAUGUCCCUCACCGCCCUCACGCCUCCCGAACCACUGUCUGCCCAACUAUCUGCCCAGGACAAAGCAGAGCUAGAGGGAGCGCAGAUCGUCGAUGCCUCCUCUCUAGCUGCUUCGUCCUCUUCGGGAGGGGCAGAAGGUCUGCCACCCACCGAAGUGCACCAAGUGCUCGUCGCCUCUCGCGUACUGGACACCGCCGACCCACCACGGUACACCCUCCGCACCACGGAACACCGCUUCUUGGGAGCAGACAAGCACGGCACGCUCCUCUGUGGUGCAGAGGCGAGAGGACCGCAGGAGGAAUGGAGCUUGCUGAGCGCUUCCUCUGGAUCAGAGUCUGAGCCGGGGGCAGAGUCGAGCCCGACGACAGGCCUGGCGUUCCGCUCAAUGCACGGUACUUACCUCUGCCUCGACGAAGUUGCCGGUGGGAAGCUGGUGCUCCGCGUUGACUCCUCCUCGGUCGGAGCGGCGGAAACGUGGAGUGCGAGUGUGCAGUGGAAGUUUCGACAUCAGGCACGGCAGGGGGAGAGGGCGAGGGAGAUUGGUAAAGGCAAGGGCGAGGAGGGGCUGAGUAAGAGGCUCAAGCUCGAGACAGGAGGGGCGAUUGAUGAGAAGAGCUUGAUGAAGUCACGCCAAUCAUACACGCUAGGCAGGACGCCGAUGUACUCCUCCGGGGACGACCACGCAGAUCGCAAAGCCCUCAAGCGGGCGAUCAAGGAGGGCAGAGCAGCCGAGGAGCUCCUCGAUCGGAGGUCGAAGAUGAAGAGUGACAAGUUCGCCUAGACGGAUGGGGUGUCAGGACGUGAGAAGAGACCUGUCCUCAAUCAUGGCACGGCUGCACUCGCAAUGUCAAUGGGAUGAUACAGCAUAUGAUGAUUAUGAUUAUGAUGAUGAU